CGUCCGCGUCGCGUCAGUGUAGUGAACAUAACCUAUCGUGUGUGGUGAUAAGUGUAUAAUGUAACUUACGGUGAGGUGUGUUUUCAAAGUGCUUUGUGGAUUCUGGAUUUCCUGGAUCAGUUUUUCCACCUGAUUGGCUUCUUGGUGGUCUACUACAUGUUGGGAGUACUGAAACGCCGGUGGAAGCCUAAAAGGGCCGGCGCCGGCAGAGACACCGGGGGACGUCUCGUUAAACCUGGUCUAGAACAGGACCUGGGCCUCGACAAGAAGCCACCGACAUCCCCCAGACAAAUCCACCCUAUAUGCGAAGAGAAGCUGCACUUGGCCUAUGAGAGUACAGACACCCCCACGCACCCUGGUGGCGGGCCUUUGUACCCUCUGGCUCCCAACAUAUGUGUGGAGGGUGGCAGGAUCGAGUUCAUAAAGUCGCCACCGCCCUGCGACAGCGCUAGUGUCGACCUCAACAAUGACGGUGCGAGCCCUACGGAGAAAACUGACAUUGCUAAGGAAUGCCUGGAGGCCCGAAUCCAACAGUUGGAGGCAGAGCUGGAAGAAGAAAGGAAAUCUUCCCAGAGAGAGAAACUGUUGGUGACCAAACUACAAAGGCAGCUUGCAAGGCGAGAGGUGCUACAAAGGGACGUCGACAGAGAGAGAAGACUCAGGUUGGACUCGGAGUGCAGACUCAGGUCUUCAGCUACAGAGGCUGAGAGAUGUCGCGCCAGACUUCAAGCUCUCCAGAGAGAGUUCUCAAGGAUGGAGGAGACGGUUCGAUCCAUGUUGCAAUACAAAAGUCGCUACGACCAGUUGAAGCACGACAAACACCAGCUGUCCGUAGCGUACGAGAACCGAGUACACCAGUUCCAAAACGCCUUGUCUAAACUGAACCAAGAAAACGAGGCUCUUAAGAAACAACUUCACAGUUUAGAAGCAGCAGGAGCAGGUGAGGUCCAAACAGCUCUGAUAGAGCGGCUCCGUGUGUUAGAGACGGACAACCGCUCAUUGACCAGAGAGGGCGACGCUCAGAGGAGACAGUACGAGAGGUGUCUGGACGACGUGGCCAACCAGGUGGUACGAGCACUACUGGCUCAGAAGAGUUUGAGAGAGGAGAUUGAGACUCUACAACAGAGGGUUCGUGACCUUGAAACUCAAAACAGGACUUUGUCUUCUCUACUUCUACAGCAGCUCUCCUCAGUUACGUCUGCUAGUGAACCUUCAAGGUCGACACCUACAAUUAAGUUGGCGCUGCCUGCGCCAGGCCGUCCCGCCAGCUGUGACGACGCAAGGUUGCGGUUGUGGAGAGACAGUGUCGUGUGGCUGCCUCUACAGCGACCUUCCUCUUUAGAUCUGGACUGUUGUCAGUACCGCCACCGUGCACACCCCAACGUACCCCGCCUCGCAGGUAAAGAGGAGGAUGAGGGCAGUGAAAGCCCCGAGAGUGGGAACCGAGACGAAGGUUACUCCACAAUGUCAUCUGACGUGCAGGGCCCUGGCGAGGUUAUAGCUCGACGUGGUCUGGAGGACCUGAAGGAGGCUAGCGACGAGACGGACGCAACAGUCGCUCCUCUAGACACCACCUCGUCCCCUGACAGGCUGCCAGAGCCUGAUUUAGUGUUGAUACCCCUCAGUGUGGCACUCAGUGUAGGCAGUGCUGCCAACCGUCACAGUUUCCCUCCAGUCAGAGAGUUGCUGCCGUACCAACACGUCAUGAGGAGCUUCAGUGACUCUCAUCUUAGCCUUAAGUUGGCACCAUCGCCAGCUGCCUCUAGUUACUCUUUGACAUCAGCUGAGUCAGUGAUGCUGCAGGGGUGCCACUACACAGGGGCGCCGCUACGUCACAGUCAGAGGACCAGGGGUGCCAACACACUUCUCAACACUGCUCUUCCUGAGGAAGAAGAUGACACUGGAUCUUGGUGCAGUGGGGACUGGUGGGACGCAGACUAUGUGCAACAUUGGCUAAGGCUUGACGAGACUCGUUCCGCCUUGCAGCAACAGAUGGAGUAUGAUGCGGCCGAGCUAGAGGAUUGGACCAUGGACCCUCCAGAAGAUGGUGGGGCGUGGCGGGGCAGUGGUGGAGGCCAUCCUCCACUUACACACAGCCAGACAUUGCCCAGCAUUCAAGAGUCCAUCGCUGCUGAGCUGGAGGAAGACAGCAGCGAAUGUCUGUGGAACUCUUCUAGCUAUUUGAGCACUGGCGACUUUAAAGAGGUUGGACGUAGUCUGUGGCCGUACAACCAUUGUCUCAUUUCCCCCGGAGGUGACUCCUGGUCCAGCGUAGGUACAAACUCCGAGGACUCCAGGUCCAAAAGAUCCUCCGCAGCCUUGAGCACCGACAGUGGAGACAUCUCCGCCAUCGGCACAGACUUCACCAGAGACUUCUACAGACUCGUCAAGUUCGAAAGUACAAAAAGCUUAGCAUCUACCUCAUCUCGUAGUCAAGCAGGAGAUUCGUCCUUCAGAAAAAGCGAGAUCCCUCAUUUUGCAUCAGACAGAGAACAAGCGUUGCAAAGUGUCCUGCACUUCAUAGCGGAGCAGCAAGAAUACGUUCUGUCAAGAGAAGUGUUGGAUACGAGACCGGAAAUCAGCUUGGAGGAAAUGUCGCCUGACGCUGAAGACUUACCCUCCAAAGAAACAGUAGAAGAGAUCGCACAAAUCUGUGAAGAAGUGAAAAGGCUUUCCGUAGUAGAAAAUGAAGUACAAACUAAUUCUAAUAAUAAAAGAGCUUCUACCAGUUCAGAGGUUUUGUUAAAUGAGUAUAACGCAUCAACUUCUUUAAAGAAUGAUUUGAAGUUUAGCGUAGACGAGUCUGCUACGCAGAAUUCUGAACCUUCUCUUGUACAGUCUGAAGAUGGAGUAAUAAAUUCUCCUAAAAAACACCAUGAAACUCCAAAUGAACCAAUUGAAGCCAAAGUCCUAGGCAAUGUCCAGCCUAUAGAAAACAGGAAAGAAGUAGUCAAAAGUGCUGAAGUCAGUUCCAAUGAAGAUAUUAUGAGUAGUUUACCAGUAAGGAGUUUAAGGGUAGAUAUUUGUAGAGCGGAAUUGAGGCCGGUUCCAGAAGAAGAUGAAGAACAUCCAACUAUGUCUGAAUCUUUAACAUCAACAUUGUCGACUCCUGAAACCGUCCUCAAGGCAAGUCCCCUCCCAUCCUCCGAUUUAGAUCAAACCUCGUCUAUGGCUGACUCUAUGGAUUCUACAGCCGUUUUAUGUUCUGAUGAACCAAUUCUAGUCAACGGGUCAAAGACCUUAAACUUUCACGAGCGAGCAACUUCCAAAGAUGUGAUAGACGAACUGAACCGAAUGAUUCGUAAAGGAGAGGAAAAAACUGAAGAGGUGGAAGUUCAAAACUCUCCUACCAAUCUAGACUCAGCCUGUUGCUGUCCAACGGGAUGGGUUCAUGUUGAACGGGAAAUUGACUUUACGGAUCCUAAGACAAGGGCCAACCUGUUAGACGUGAUGUUAGCGGCUAGUCGUAGUUCCUCCAGUGCUGCCAGUUCCAGCUCCAGCUCUAGCUCCAGUGCUGCCAACAGUGAGAGCGGAGAUGAACCACAGGACUACCAACAUCUGCACAGGUUGCAUCGCUUCCGUCGUCAAAAGAAAGCGUCCGCUACAAGAGAACCGCUAGGGGCUCUCCGAUGUCCGCUGUCUGUUCCUCGCAUGUCUAUCAUCGGAAGAGACGACUUCUUCGUUCGCUACGGCGACAAAGAGAGAGAGGCUGUUGCAAGUUUCGAUUUUCUGGAAGAGCUUUCGACCACUUCUCUUAGCGGAGCGUCGUCGUGUGAUCAGCCCCCCGCCACCUCUUUGAGGCUUCCUCCCUCCCCUUCCCAUCUCUCUCUUAGCGAUUCCUGCGCGGCCAGCUUCUCAGGGUCAGAACCGAGUCUGGAUGUGCAGUAGAAGUAGUCAGUACAGGGUGUAACCCCUAUUUUAUUCGUUGAUUUGCUAGUCUCCCAAGGAUUUUAUAAACAUCCAACCACUGAGAAUUACCUUUUGCGUUCCAAACAUUGAGGUUGCAGAUUGUUAUUAUCUUAUUAUUUUGUUUUGAGAAAGAAAUCGUUUUUUGAGCACACAUUCUUUUUUAGCAUUUGUUUUGGUAAGACAAAAAAUCUAAUAGAAUCAAUGGACAUCAAAGAUUUUUUUUUGUUUUUGCACUUAAAUCCAAAAGGCAAAUUAUUAGGCAAAGCGAGAUAUCCAAAAUCCUCUCAAUGAUCUAUAAGGCUCCAUUAUUACUAUUUGAACUUUUACAACUGAAUUAUAAAUUUAGAAUGACUUUAAUACGCAUAGUUCAUAAACAAUACUUUUUUUCAAACAAAUCGAAAUUCCAAAAACCGACUAUAACACUUUUAUGAGCUAAGUAAUUAGAUUAGCCCAGUAGGGUUACAGAGGUAACACAAUUAAUCUAUUGCAAUAACAGAUUCAUUUGAAUCUUAUGAAUAUAGACAGGGUAUUAUUCAUAUUAGAGUAAGUUUAGGGAUGGCUGUUUUGUUGUCCUUCUCUGUAAACUGCUUUAAUUGAUUUGUACAGGAAGUACCAUUAUCAUUUGUAUCACUUAAAAAUAAAAGGACACUUAAAAUGUGGUAGAAUGAAAAAGUCGGCAAACAAUAACUCAACGAUGAUGGAUCCUUAAAUUCUCUGUAUUACGUUGGAACUCAAUAUUUGGUGCAGAGAUGGAUUAAAGUCUGGAAUAUAUCUUCGGAACUUGUUUGUAUCUUUUUAUUUAUAGCUUUGUCUCAAAUAUUUAUAAUUGUGUUAACUAACAAAAAGUACAAGUAUUCAAUAGCAUUUUAACUUGGUUACUUAAAUUCACUAACAGCCAUCCCUGUUUUUUUAUAUAAAUGUUUUUAAACUUUUCGUGGUUUUUCCAUAGACAUGAAAACUACAUUUAAUAACUGUGUGGGAAAAUUUUAUGAUUCCUCAGAAUAUUUUGUUGAAUGAUCAGAAAAGGAACUAAUGCCUAACCUGUGAAGGGUUAAAAACUAAAAUGUACAAAUAUCCUAUCUCAUUUUUAUGCAAACAACUUUUUCUAUGAAGAUUUUAACAGUUUAUGCCACUACUAGCACAAGGAAAUUUCAUACAUUUAAUUAACUCUAUUCAAUGUUAAAAUCAUACAUAUAAACACCUUUAAAUUAAGUUGUUAUAUUUUCUUGGUACAAAUACUUUGGUAUAACAUUUCUGUUUGGAGGAAAAUGACUAUUGUAUGGCAUCAAUAUUAAUAUUUAUUUGUGUAAUUUCCAUUACUGAGUUUAAAAUGCAAAAGUGUUUAAAGUGGAAUACGUUAUGUGUUUUUAGUAAAUUAGUGAUGAGUUGUUUUUCUUUAAAAUUGUUCGUUUAAGAUUCUUAGUAUUUAUUUUUAAGGGAGUUUGAAUAGAGAAGGAAGAGAGUGAUGGUUUUUAUUAAUUAUUAACGUAUUUAUUCCUACUAAUAUUGUAAAUUUAGUUCCAAUACAUAUUCAGACUGAUUGUAAACAAUGUAACUAUCCUAUUUAUAAAAUGUAAUGUAGUGUAUAUAAAAUGUGGAUACUGGAUUAUGGUAUAAACUGUUUGUAUAUUUUUUGUCGCAGUGAGUAAUUUCUGCCAAAUCAACUAGUCUGUUGAUGAUGAAUGAUAUUUUGUAAGUUU